AUGGACCGUCAAGGUAAUUCCAAUGAAGCCUCGAACAAGCGCAACUCAAUGAAAGCAAGGGGGUUUGAUGCGAUGCACCGCUCAAGCUCUGUUAAUUCAAAGUCCUCCUCAACCAGAGGCAGUAGGUGCCAUGUCUGUGACGAGGAAGAAAUCAAGAUAACAAAACCAUUCGUUCGAUGCUUAAGUUGCAAAGCUGCAUGGCAUCUGUUUUGUCACACUCCUAAAAUUCCACAACACACGCUGAACUUCACCUGUAAUAAAUGCACCAAGAGGAAAGGUGCCGCAUCAACCUCAUCCUCAGCCACCCCACGUGUAUCCCCUGAUACAGUGAUUGACCGGCGAUACCAUGUCGCGAGGCCCUCGGUGGCAAAGAAGACGGCAACCGUACGCAGGCCGAUCAAAAAGAACAAGAUAUAUCAUAUUAGUUCGGAAGACGGGAAAUUAUUAAAUAACACAAAGCGCAAACGCUCUUCCCCAGACCCGAACGUUUCCAAUUCUAGCAACCACCUGGUAACUUCGACCCAGCCAAACUUACCACGAAGUAUUCGAGAUGUGGAGAUGCGCGACACAUUGCCUGACAAGAUCACCUCAAAGCCACCUCGGCAGGCAAUGGAGGUGUUUGAUCCACUAGCAUCAGCUGCAAACUCCACAAGGCUGUCAAAUAAGGAUACCCCUAUAACAUUUCAGUCCUCUCACCGAGUUGCAAUUCCCCCAAUUUCAAAUAAGAAUUUGGCAACAGCAAAGAAGACUGCGUUACCUCCCGAUCUGCUUCGGAUGAUGAACCCUGAGAGUACCAUUGAUGAAUCACCCGAAUAUGAGCCCCCACCACCCAAACCUCUUAGCCCUGUUAUGAACCCCUGGGCUUCGGAAAACCAUAUCAGAAUUGUGAGGACCAACGUCACGCAUAACCCGUUUACUACCGGCGGCCUCCCCGCUAUGCUUAACCAACCUUUGGCUAAUGCUAGAGGCUAUAAAUCGCCGUAUGUUAGCAUAGACACUGAGAAGGAUGCUACACCGCCAAGCGUUGGUGUUCACGAAAACACCCCAACGCUUGAUGCUACAGAAGACCAGCACACUGAUGAAUAUAUUCCCGAUAUGCAACCACUUGCUAUCACUGAAACCUUGAAUGAACAGGCGCCUCCAAAACGACACAGCGACCAAUCAACCCUUAUGCCGCAACCAGCAAUAACGAUAACUCCCGGCGCCAAUUCUAGGGCUAUGGAGUCUUUGCCUAAUACUAAAAUAAGUCCAAACGUAUCAGACAGUGCAACUACUCAAACAUCAAAAGUUAAUUCGCCGUCUAUACUCGUCAGCAGCACAGAUAAUCGGGUCGCUGAGCCAGUUCCACAUCCAAUGUCCCUCGAAGCCAAACGCCUCGCCAGAGCUCGGGAUUUUGAUUCUUCAGAGCUGGACUCCUGGUUAAAUAAACAGCAGCCUAAGACGGACUAUCCACGGUCGCCAAAGGAGCUGCUGGCGUCCCAAAUAUGGGGCAACAUCGACCCACGAGUCGUCUGGUCAGAGGAGCGCUCCCCUGAAUGGCUGGCCGCCAAAAGAGCAGAGAUCGAAGCUCGACCUAAGCGGAAGGCCAACUUCGGAAAGCUUCUCACGGAGCAGAUCAAGGACGAUCGGAGGGCUAAAGGCUGGAGCGUGCAUCAGGAAAAAGAGAUCGUUAACGAUGAUCAGACAGUAGAAAUGAAUAAGAGAUUAGAGGAGCUGACUGGUAUUAAGGUAAUUGGGGCGGUUCCAGAACUGGGAAUUAGAAAUGGUCACCUUUUUAUGGUAGAGGCUACCGGAAACGACUAA